AUCACAUUCUUUUUUGAUUUUGCCUUCGUAUAAUCUUUUCCUUAUAUGUUUUUCGUCUGUUAAUUAACGAUUCGCCAGGCAAAUUGCUUUUCAUUGAUGACGGGCACAUUCUUCAAGAUAUCUGAUAUCGCCGGCGAUCCCUCUUAUCGCCGUUAGUCGUAAUCUGGCCUUCCUCCCCUACGCUUAGACUCUCGAUGCGCGCGGCAGCGGAACUAUUACAAUGGAACCUUACUUUCUUUUGACUAGUAAAGGUCUUGUGUUCUAUCUCCCGCCUUCUACGUUCUCUUCCAAGUUCCACGGUCUUCGCUCACCGGCGCGUCAUUCCUAGUCGUUUCCGCUUUUGUUUGAAUUCUGAUUUCCUUUUAUGAAAAUCAAGCCCCCAGUUGUGCGUGCCAUUAAGAGCAGACUUACUCGAUCUGUGAUGGAUAUUAGUUGUGAUUGUAAAGUUCUAAUAUCUGCAAUGAAUGCCUGAGUUGAUUCGGCCCUGAUUUUCUUAAUCACAUUUGCUUUGCCUUGCUUUGAAGGGGAAUCUGAUAGAUUCCCUUCUAAAAUUGGCGGGGUAGUACAUGGCGUAGCAUCUCCGUGAUUGUUGACUGCGUAGAAAUUUAUUGUGCUCUUUUCCUUACCCACAUUUCUUGAAUUGCCAUCUCCUGGGAAUACGAUCACUGAGUGUGUCAUAAAGAAGGAGUGUUUGAGUGUUGGGAACCAAGUGCGUUAUUGUAACUUUCCAUUUCAAUGGGAGCGAAACAGAAGAAUGUUGAGGAAUCCAGAUCAAAAUGUUGCAAUCCUGUCAAGAAGACAGGACCUGUAACAAUGGAUCAUGUCCUAAUGGCAUCCCAGGAGACCAAGGAAGAAAGGGAACUAAGGAUUCGUAGUCUUUUUGGUUUCUUUGAUAGGACGAAUACUGGCUAUUUAGAUUAUGCCCAGAUUGAGGCCGGUCUCUCUGCACUUCAAAUACCAUCUGAGUAUAAGUAUGCCAAGGAUUUGUUAAAUGCUUGUGAUGCUGAUAAAGAUGGGCGAGUUGAUUAUCAAGAUUUUAAAAGGUACAUGGAUGACAAGGAGCUAGAGCUUUACCGCAUAUUUCAAGCCAUUGAUGUUGAACACAAUGGGUGUAUUUUACCCGAGGAGCUCUGGGAGGCACUUGUAAGAGCAGGUAUUCAGAUUGAUGAUGAAGAACUUGCUCGUUUUGUGGAGCGUGUUGAUAAGGAUAAUAAUGGUGUUAUUACAUUUGAAGAAUGGAGGGAUUUUCUGCUUCUUUAUCCUCAUGAGGCGACUAUUGAAAACAUUUACCAUUAUUUGGAGCGGGUGUGCCUGGUGGAUAUUGGAGAGCACUCUGUUAUUCCAGCAGGCAUUAGUAAGCACAUCCAUGCAAGUAGAUAUCUGAUUGCAGGAGGAGUAGCAGGUGCUGCAUCGCGAACAGCUACUGCACCUCUUGAUCGUUUAAAGGUUAUUUUACAAGUCCAAACAACACAGGCUCGUAUAAUGCCUGCAGUAAAAAACAUUUUGAGAGAAGGUGGUUUCUUGGGAUUUUUUCGAGGCAAUGGCUUGAAUGUCCUCAAGGUGACUCCUGAGAGUGCUAUUAGAUUUUACACCUAUGAGAUGCUAAAGACCUUCAUCGGGAAUGCUAAAGGAGUGGAAACUAAAGAUAUUGGCACCUUGGGCCUGCUGUUGGCUGGUGGUAUUGCUGGUGCCGUAGCUCAAACUGCUAUAUAUCCAAUGGAUCUGGUCAAAACUCGAAUACAAACAUAUUGUUGUAAUGGUGGAAGAGUUCCCAGCCUUGGGACCCUCUCAAAAGAAAUAUGGGUACACGAAGGACCUAAGGCAUUUUAUAGGGGCCUGAUUCCUUCUCUUCUUGGGAUCAUUCCUUAUGCUGGAAUAGAUCUUGCUGCCUAUGAAACCUUGAAAGAGAUGUCGAAGAAGUAUAUUCUUCAUGAUGAAGCUGGUCCUCUCGUGCAACUCGGAUGUGGAACAGCAUCAGGAGCCCUUGGAGCCACAUGUGUUUACCCAUUGCAGGUGGUAAGAACAAGAAUGCAGGCUCAACGCUCCAAAGGUGGUCCUCCUUAUGGGGGAAUGAUAGAUGUAUUCAAGAGAACCUUUGAACAUGAAGGAAUUAGGGGAUUCUACAAAGGAAUAUUUCCUAACCUUCUCAAAGUUGUUCCAUCUGCUAGCAUCACUUACAUGGUUUAUGAAUAUAUGAAAAAGGGUUUGGAUUUGGAUUGAAGAUCUUGAUCACUUGGUUUGGUAAUUAGUCUGAAGUCUGAGUGGCAACUACUGGUACAGGGGGGUGGUUGCAAAGAAGGUGCUGAUGACUAAAUAAAGUACGCAGCUGAUUACAUUACAAUUAUUUGGAAACAUUUAUAUAAAUAACAUCACUUCAAAAUUCUUGGAGGACGAAAUUGGUUUGUCCUGCGAAGUGUUUCAUAGAACUAAUAUGGAGCACCGUAUCUCUGAGCAGAUUUUGUUGUAUGAUAGAGAAACAAAUGAAACACGAUUAGGAUCCGAUUUUGUAAUGAUUAGUGGCUGAGAUUGGUCGUAUACCUAUUCAAUCUGAUAUUAUUUGUUCGACUUACAGAGGCCCCAGUUCUUUGGUUGGUUUCCUUGAUUUUUAGUAUAGAUGUAGGGAUUUAUAGACAUCUUCCUCAGUUUGUAUCCCAUCUUGAUUAUGGCUUCUUCUUCA